GUCUUCACCAAACUUCAGGUUACUCACUAGAAACAACAAUGAGUCUCAGCGCUAAGGACAAGGUAGUGGUCAAAAAAUUCUGGGCCAAGGUUGCGGGCAAGGCCGAAGACAUUGGAUGCGAGGCUCUGUCAAGGACGCUGGUGGUGUACCCCCAGACCAAGACUUAUUUCUCCCACUGGAAGGACCUGAGCCCCGGCUCUGCCCAGGUGAAAAGGCACGGCGGGGUCAUCAUGGGAGGCAUCGGUGAAGCGGUGGCCAACAUCGACAAUCUCACCGCAGGUCUCCUCACCCUCAGCGAGCUGCACGCCUUCCAACUGCGUAUAGAUCCCGCCAACUUCAAGAUCAUGUUCCACAACAUCAUGGUGGUUCUGGCCAUUCUGUUUCCCGUUGAUUUUACCCCGGAGGUUCAUGUGGCUAUGGACAAGUUCCUGGCCGCUGUGGGCCGAGCUCUGUCCGAGAAGUACCGAUAAGAAGUGUGAAGAAGGCAUAAGACCAGACGGGAGGCUUGAUCAGCAAUGUACUCAGCGCUCUAUCUUGCUAUAAAUUAUGAAUAAAUCUUCAAAUACACACUU